CUUUGAAUUUAAUUUGAAAAACAAAUCAAUAUUGACCUUUCUGUUCCUCCACUGCUUCUGCCUGCAGAGCAGUGAAGCAAAAUCAUUCCAAAAAGAAACACAUUCCUCCUAAAAUUCACCUCAAAACACACGUGACAUUUGUUCAAAAUGCCGUCGGAUCCUGACCUGGGUGGUCUUCAACCCAACAGAAAGACAAUUCUUCAUGUUUCUCCAGGAGCUAGUCUCUCCUGGCCUUUGGAAGAUCAAAAUCUAAAUUAUACAAUACCCAAAGAUAUUUGGUGGCCAUGGUGUGAUUACUGGAAAGAACCCCAGCACUAUCUCUAAAUGGCAAACAUGUGUUUCGCGAUAGCGUACGCGUCCAAGUGCACAAAGAAAGGCGCGCUGCACAUGCACAUCUGGCUGAUAAUAGGCUUGCUGCUGCUCUGCGGUUGGGCUUGGAAUGUAAUCUGCUCGCCGGACGUAUUCACCUGGAAUUUCGCCUUCGCCUUGCUGAACAUUGGUCAAGUGUUUCACAUAAUUUACCAAUUGAGACCCGUUGAGUUCGAUCCGGAGUUGGAGGAAGUUUAUCACAACUUGUUUGAACCAUUCAAGAUUCCUAGAUUGCAAUUUAAAAAGAUAGUGAGUGAAGAAUUCUCGCAAAUAAUGUCCCUGCACGCGGGAGAAGCUUAUGCCGUUCAAAAUUUGACCAGGACAGAUCGUCUGGGGUUGUUGCUAUCAGGGAAAGUCAAUGUUUUAUCAGAUAAUCAAUUUCUACAUCCGAUUCUUCCCUGCGAGUUUCUGGAUUCUCCAGAGUUUGAGUCUAGUAGGAAUACUGUUGAUGAUAAAUUUAAGGUUGGAAAAGAAUUAGGAACUGCAAAACACUUUGAAUAG